UGAUCUAGAAUAUUUCUGAUCUAGAAUGUUUUUGAUCUCGAAUUUCUGAUCUAGAAUGUAAAUUUUUGUAAAAAUGAAAAGAAAGCUCAUUCAAUCCUUUAUUACUAACUGCAAAAAAUUGAUUACCAUUUAAAAUGAAAACACAGAUUAAUGUUUGUGUGUCCUGUACAAAGGCUUUUCAAAACUAAACGUUCACUGAUGCCAAAAGAUGGAUGGUUUCUGCCCAGCAAAGCGAUGCUUGCACAAUAACUGCACGUGAUUGGCCUGCGGGCUGAAUGCGUGUGAUUGACGGGUGAUCCAGCCACUGACGAGAUGCCAUCAAAGGUGUCAUGCCUUUAUCUGCUGACUGUGGUCUGCUGGGCCAGUGCACUCUGGUAUCUCAGUGGCUCACGGCCUUCGACCGCAUACGUUGGCCAAAUGACCUUCAUCCGAAAGCCACUCCUGAGGUUCUCGAAAAACGACACUUUCAGCAAUAUCCGCACACGCACUCUGAAUCCCCACAAUUUCAAGUUCCUCAUCAACGAGCCCAAGAAAUGUGAAAGCACAACACCCUUCCUCAUUCUCCUCAUCAGCACCAACCACAAGGAGUUCGAUGCGCGCCAGGCCAUCCGGGAGACUUGGGGAGAUGAAAACAUCUUUAGCAACGUUCACAUUUUGACGCUGUUUCUUCUGGGCUACAGCACCGAACCGGUGCUCAAUCAAAUGGUGGAACAAGAGAGCCAGAUCUUUCACGACAUCCUGGUGGAGGACUUUGUGGAUUCCUAUCACAACUUGACCCUGAAGACUCUCAUGGGAAUGCGGUGGGUGUCUUUGUUUUGCCCCAAUGCGCAGUACGUCAUGAAAACCGACAGUGAUAUAUUUGUCAAUAUGGACAAUUUAGUGUUCAACCUGCUGAGACCCAACGCCAAACCAAGACGCCGCUUUUUCACAGGUCACGUGAUAAACGGAGGACCCAUACGUGAUGUCCACAGCAAGUGGUUUAUGUCCAGAGAGCUUUACCCUGAUAGCAGGUACCCACCGUUCUGCUCGGGCACCGGAUAUGUGUAUUCUGGAGACAUGGCGGAGUUGCUCUACAAGACAUCUCUUCAUACAAGACUCCUUCAUCUGGAGGACGUGUAUGUGGGACUGUGCCUGCGCAAACUAGGCAUUCAGCCCUUCCAGAAUAAUGGAUUCAAUCAUUGGAAGAUGACCUACAGCCUCUGCCGGUACCGCAAAGUGUUGACUGUACAUCAGAUCUCACCAGAGGAGAUAUUACGAAUAUGGAACGAUAUGUCCAAUAAAAAGCAUCUCAAAUGCUAAUAUAUAUUUAAGGAAUUUGUUGUUGAAACCUGAGCCAAUGUCUGAUCCUAAAGACUUGUUUAUGUAUUGGUAUUAAAGGGUUUAUUCGUCCGCAAAAUGAAAAUGAUUCCACAUGUUGUUCCAAACACAUAAGAAAUGCGUUCAUCUUUGAAAUGCAGAGGUCUCUGCCUCUUCAGAAUGUUUAUUUAUUCAUUCAUUCAUUUUCAUCCGCUUGUCCGGGGCCAGGUUGCGGAGGCAGCAGUCUUAGGAGAGAACCCCAGACUUUCCUCUCCCCAGACACUUCCUUCAGCUCCUCCGGGGGGAUCUCGAGGUUUUCCCAGACCAGCCGGGAGACAUAGUCCCUCCAGCGUGUCCUGGGUCUUCCUCGAGGCCUCCUCCCAGUGGGACAUGCCUGGAACACCUCCUUAGGUAGACAUCCAGGAGGCAUCCCAAACAGAUGCCCAAGCCACUUCAGCUGACUUCUCUCGAUGUGGAGGAGCUCCUGAUGGGUGACAGAGCUCCUUACCCUCUCUAAAGGGUGCGCCCUGCCACCCUACGAAGGAAACUCAUUUCAGGCGCUUGUAUCCGAGAUCUUGUUAUUUCGGUCAUGACCCAAAGCUCAUGACCAUAGGUGAGAGUAGGAACGGUAAAUCGAGAGCUUUGCCUUUAGGCUCAGAUCUUUUUUUACCACAAUGGGCCAGUACAUUGACCGCAUUACUGCUGCCGCUGCAUCAAUCCGUUCCAUCUUUCCAUCACACGUUCCAUCCUUCCCUCUCUCGUGAACAAAACCCCAAGAUGCUUGAACUCUUCAGAAUGUUCCCAAUGACAAUUUAAAACCAAAUUGGUAGCACUUUAUUAUAGUUGCUACAUAAAUGAUGAAUCUCUAAACCUAUCUUUGAAGCUAACAGUAACCCAUGUAGUUACCACAUAUAACCAGUUCAUUCUUAGGUAAUUACUCUGUAGCUACACAUGCUGUACAAUACAAGAACAAACCUCAUGGUUUAUUGAACAUCAAGCUGAACUUCCAUCACCAAAUUGAAAUGCUGUAGGCCCAAUACUAAUAACAGAUGGCACCCUAAACUCUAAUAGUCUUUCCACAAGUGUCUAUUUUCAUGGCGUUUAGACUGUACAGAAGCCACUUCUUGGCUAAACUGCACAUCAAGGGUGCAUAGUGGAUGAAAAGUGGACAGGUAAUUGUAAAUGUUCAUGGAUGUAUCUGAGGAUGAAAAAUGCAUCCAUAGUCAUGGAAUGCAGAUUGAUGAAUUAUUACUGCAAGUGCACAUUAAAGGUGAAUCUGAAAUGGAUCCCUAUGCCUACUCUCUUCAAAUAGCAGACCUCUUGAAGUGAGUUCUUUGAAUGGCAUAGGACAUGACAAUCAAAAGUUCUUUUCAUCACCAGACUUCUAGUGGGCUUUCAUAAAGAGAGGAUUGUUUUCCUUCAUUUUAAAAGUCCUACAAAUGGUGCUCCAUUCCCAAUGUACCCUUCAAGGGUAUAAAAGAAGCUGUGUGGAAUUGGAAUUCACCUUAAGUUUGGCUUAAAAGAAUGGUUCACCCAAGAAAAAUGAAAUUACUCCAUAAUUUACUCACUCUCAAAUCAUCCUUAGUGUGACAUCCUCAGUGUGGCAGUGACUUUCUUUUGUCAAAUGUUAUCCUGCUCUUCUAUGUAUGAUGGUGUUGAGUAGUGGCUGUUUUUUUUUUUUUGUUUGUUUUUUUUACUUCUGAAAGCGUAUGACUUAAGACAUAUUCAUAGCAGAAAUUCUUGGAAUAGACAGUGCAGUUGUCUUAUGCUGGUUUCACACCGAAAGCGAAACUAAGUAUAGAUACUGGGAAACUUCCCCAAAUUGUGUUCCACCAUGUUUUAUGACAUGUUCAUGAGAGCACAAUGAAAACAAAUGCAAAUCACAACAGAAAAAGCAGAGUAUCUUACAGUAAUUUUUUUCAAAUAUCGAUAUAUAAAUAUAGGCCUAUUGGAGGAUAUACAUGUCAGAUUUCCUGAAUGCAAAGUUCUGCGAUGACAUGUUCCCAUUCACUGUUUGUACAAGUAGUGUCUCAGCAGGCACAGGACAUCAACAUGACGUCAGAUUGACGUUGUACCCCAACACGUUGGGAUGUUGUAUUUUGUUUGGAAAUAAAAUCAGGUUA